GGCGGGCGAUGCGGCUCCCCGCGUCCCGCUGAGCGAGGCCGCGCUGCUCCGCGCCGGGGCAGGGGGGGCUGCCCGCGCCCUGCGCUCGGCCUUUACCCCCCUCCCCCCCCCCCCAUCCCCCCGCCACCGCUUCUUAUACCUUUUUUUUGUUGUUUUUUUUUUAGCUAUUUGGUUUUAUUUUGUUUUGUUUUAUUUAAUUGUCUUGGCUGCUAUUUGAUUUGAUUUUUAUCUCCCUUCUCCUGGGGAAAAAAGAAAAAAAAAAAGCCUCCGCUUCCUACACCGAUCCCCCCAGCGGGCUGGAGAGGCUGAUGCGGCCGCUAAGGGAGAGGAUAGUGGUUAAAGCUCGAGCUGGAUGGAUGGGUAUGGGGAGAGGGGCAGGAUCCACAGCCCUGGGACUUUUCCAAAUCCUCCCUGUCUUUCUCUGCAUCUUCCCUUCAGUGACGUCUCCAUGCAAGAUCCUCAAGUGCAACUCUGAGUUCUGGGCGGCCACGUCGGGCUCCCACCACCUGGGCACGGAGGAGGUGCCGGAAUUCUGCACGGCGCUGCGGGCCUACGCGCACUGCACCCGCCGCACUGCCCGCACCUGCAGGGGGGACCUGGCCUACCAUUCGGCUGUGCAUGGCAUAGACGACCUCAUGGGGCAACACAACUGCUCCAAAGAUGGCCCCACAUCCCAGCCCCGCCUCCGGACAUUGCCUCCUGGGGAUAGCCAGGAGCGUUCUGACAGCCCCGAAAUCUGCCACUACGAGAAGAGCUUUCACAAGCACUCAGCCGCCCCCAACUACACCCACUGUGGGCUCUUUGGGGAUCCCCAUCUUAGGACUUUCACGGACACUUUCCAAACCUGCAAGGUGCAAGGGGCUUGGCCGCUCAUAGACAAUAACUACCUGAACGUCCAGGUCACCAACACGCCUGUGCUGCCUGGCUCCACAGCCACUGCCACCAGCAAGCUCACCAUCAUCUUCAAGAGCUUCCAGGAGUGCGUGGACCAGAAAGUGUAUCAGGCAGAAAUGGAUGAGCUCCCCGCUGCCUUCGUUGAUGGCUCCAAGAACGGUGGGGACAAGCACGGAGCCAACAGCCUGAAAAUCACCGAGAAGGUGUCGGGCCAACACAUCGAGAUCCAGGCAAAGUACAUCGGUACCACCAUUGUGGUGAGGCAGGUGGGCCGGUACCUCACCUUUGCUGUGCGCAUGCCAGAGGAAGUGGUCAAUGCCGUGGAGGACCGGGACAGUCAGGGCCUCUACCUGUGCCUCCGGGGUUGUCCACUCAACCAACAGAUUGACUUCCAGACCAUCCGCUCGGCUCAGGCCACAGAGGGUCGUGCUCGGAGGAAGGGCCCCAGCCUGCCCGUCCCUCCUGAGGCCUUCACCUACGAAACGGCCACAGCCAAGUGCAGAGAAAAGCUGCCCGUGGAGGACCUCUACUUUCAGUCUUGUGUCUUUGACCUCCUCACCACCGGGGAUGUCAACUUCAUGCUGGCUGCUUACUAUGCCUUUGAGGAUGUGAAGAUGCUUCACUCCAACAAAGACAAGCUGCACCUCUAUGAAAGGACACGGGACUUGGCCCCAGGCAAUGCAGCUCCCUCGCAGAUCCCCUCUGCCCUCUGGGUAGCACUGCUGUGUUUGAGUCAGUUUUGGUUGUGCUUCUUAUAGAGGUUUGCUCCUUCACACCUUGGAGCACAGGGAAAGGGGAGCAGGAGGGAACCAGGGAUGAGAUGGCAGUGCUGGACAACAGAAGGUUGGAUAUUGGAGCCACACAAGUUGUCCUCAGACCUCAGCCCCUCUCUUUGGUACCAGGUCCUUCACCUUCCCAGCUCUUGCCUGGGAAGAACAUGCUGCCGAUGGGGCCAGUCAGGAGUUUUUGCAGGACUAGACCUUGUCUGGACCUUCCUCACCUCUCCCUAUCCUUCUCCCAGUAGUGUGGAUGUUGAGGAGCUCUUACCUCCUUGCAGUGCUCCCCCAGGUCCCAAAAAUGCAUGUGGUGACUGACACUGGCAGGCAUCAACAUGGCUUUGUCUUGAAGAGCAAAGCCUGCAAGAAAGGUGCAGAGCAACACGAUGGGGCCAAGCCUGGCCAGCACAGCAGGGCCAUGCUCUGAUUUUCUGGGUAUGUCUUGCUUCAUCCCACAGAAACUGGUGGGUGCAAGGGGCUGAAAUGGUGGUGCAUAGUCCAACUCUUGCCCAGCUGCCAGUGCCAGGCAUCUUCUGGGUGGAAGGAUGACACGGUCCUCAAGCCUCAGCUUGCAUUUACUCUGGUGCAAAGGGCAUCUCCUAUAUCAGCCGGUUCAUUUGGCUGAUUCACUCUGUAGUUGUAUUCCUGGCUCCCUUGUCUCUGCUUGGACCCACUGAGGACUCUUGAUGGCAACGGGAGAAACCUGGCCAGUAUUCAAGCGGUUUCUACAACUUCUGCCUGGCGUUGGAUGAAUUCCUCAUGCCAUUUGCCCUCUGAUCUCCUCUAAAACUGGCAGCAGGGAGGCUGCUCAGUGGGAGACCUGAUCUGCACCUCCCUCCAGUCUUGCACCCACUCACCUGCCGGUGGCUAGACCAGACCCUUGUGUAUGGAGCAGGAGCAUCACGCUCUGUUUGUUUGCUGCUAGGUCUCUGCUCUGCUUCCUGUCCUGGGGCCGGGACUUGCAACCCCAUUGCAGACCAGUUGCACCUUAAGCCCUUCUGGGCUUGAAUCAGAAAUGGGGCAAUGUUAGAAAUCCAGCCAGGAGAUGGGAUGCAGCAGAAGACCCACCCCCCACCCCCAACUGCCUCCAAACAUCUGUUCCUGCCUCAAAACCAUCAAUAAUUGUCUUCCCCCACUACACUGUGCUGCCCAUCUCCUCUCCAUGUUCCUCUGUGGUUCACCUCAUUGUUCACUGAACAUACAGCAAGACCACCUUUGGCCUACGUCUUGGAGACCUCCUGAUGGGUUUCCUCUCCUUUCCUCAGGGGGAAGUUCCCAGAAACAAGCCCCAAAAGAUGUGUCACUCUUGGGGGCACCUCCUGUUCUCAAGGGAGGUCUCUGGGCAUGAUGAGACAAGCUAGCACCAAAAGAGGUGGGAACAGGCUAUAUUUGGCAGUCUGAACUGGUGUCAAGAGGCAGCCUGGUGUAAAUACUCAACGUGACUUCAUUGUGUCCUAACAGCUCUCGAGCUCCAUUUGUAAAGCAGCAGAGAAAUGCAAAACUGUGUCAAUGGAUGUAAUUUAUGUUGUCUCUUUAAUAUAUAGAGCCCUGGCAUUGAUCUCGUGUGACUGUACAGAUGAAGAGAUGUAAUUGUUUUUUAAAUGUUUAAGGAAAACAAAACAAAAAAAAAAA